CAUUGAUAUGAUGAAUCGUAUCGAUCACUCGAAUGUUAAUCGCUGGCGCGAGGUUCCUUACCCGCCAGACAUCGAAGUAUUCGAUCGCGCAAGUGCAACUUCCGUUUCGGUGGGAGAACACAACUACCUUCGGGGGGGGUUUGAAAUGGUGGGGAAUCUUCGAAGAGAGCGAGUUAAACGCGAGGCAGCUAGGUUACCAGCGCGUAUAUACCGGCACUAUUGACAUGUUCCGACAAACACGCGCUUCGAGCUCUUACGAGCAUUACGUUCACUGAUCAAACACUUAACGUGUCUCCAUCGCGAUGAUUCCGUCUGAUUUACAAGUGUACCGCCAGAGCAUGCGAUCACCUAAAUGGCUUACAUAAGUUGCGCGGUAACAUUAAUUACUUCGGGUAAACCGCAUGCACAUCUUAUUCAAUAACGUCGUGAGUAUUACUUCAAGAAAUUCAAAUUGGUGACAACCUAUUAAAACUGCGUAAACACAAUUCGCGAAAGACAUCUUCACGGAAGUUUCGGCACUCUUUCGUUUCUUCUUACGAAUACGAAAUAGAGUAGCCGGUUCUUGGGUCACUCGAUUGCCAGUUACGUGUUCUAUUCUCAUUUUAAAUCGAUGACAUAAACCGCGGGCAGUGCUGGGUAAUUAUUAAACAUUAAGUUCACCAAGUGAUAAUUUUUAUAAAAGCAACAUUGACAAGAAGGAAAUUUAAAUGAUACAAUGUGUCACACAUAAAAUACGAGCUUGGUGAGGAACUUGACGGUGACCUAGAAACGAUUUGAAGUGGUAACUUUAUCAUCUAAGUAGACAAAUCUCGCAACGGUGCCAAGAAAAAAGUCGAAGUGGGGGAUCAAGGAAUGCGAACGUUAUUCUUUCAAGUUGCUGUGUGUCUCUACGAGUCAUGUUCGACCUACGAUUAUAAAAUUUGCACUACGAAACGAGAUCUUUCAAAGCUGUUGUGGAUGUGGAAAAUCAUUUUUUGUUUCAUUUCAACGAAUUUUAUUCGCCUAUAAUAUAUACUUCAUACGGAAAAUACAAAAAAAAAACCACGUAAAAAUAAGAUACAAAGAUGAUCGAUGUCGAUAAUAAGAAAUAGAGACUGUUGGAAAUAUCUGGUGAAGUUUCGUUUCUACGAUUCCCCUGGUUCGUGGUUAAAGACGUGCCGAUGAUCGAGCUCGAGCAUUCCAUCUAUAAAGCGAGUAGUUCAGGUUUGCCGUGGAGUUGACGCACUGGCCGCGAUCGUUGCAUGAUAUCUCAUGUUUUUUGGAACACGCGGUUCGUGUGUGUGUUCCAGUCUCGCGUCUCGUGCUCGUAUUUUACGUUGAUUUUUAACGGACCUAUAUUGAAUCAAGCGUGCGUCGAAAGUGCGGUGAAAUAAAAAACAAAGUGCUGUGGCUUAAUUAAACGGUGAAGAUGGAGGAUACAGAAGGGAAAUUCUCACCGAGAAUCAGCAUGUCCGUGAUCGUGCUCAUGAGCACGCUGCUUCUUGGCGGUGUGCUGUUUAUAAUCGGUUACAUCGUUAGCCGGUUGUCACGGUCCGAUAAGCCUUCAGAUUCAAUAAAAAAUGGUACAGGAUCGGAAAGAGUAAAGUUUGAAAAUUCGAGGAAUUUAACGAGCGGAUCGACUGGAACGACCGGCAGUAGCAGCAACAAACGCGCUAAGAACAAGAAGAGACGUGAAAUGCAACAGUUCACGCAUUCGUGGAUGGUGAGUGUGCUGAAGGGACACACCAGCACAGUUCUGGAUAUGAGUUUUUCCAGUAACGGCAGAUAUCUCGCAAGCUGUGCCGAAGAUUGCGGCCUGGGGCCGGAAGAGCUGCUGGAUCCUGGGGAGACCGGUCAAUACAACAACUGUCAGGCGAAUUGUGAGACAUCAGAUUCAACAAUGAUGGAGACACUAUCAGAGAGCAACAGCAUGUCGUCUUCCUCAACUUCCAUAUUGACGACAAUUACCGCAUCCAAUGGCUCAUCUGCAACCUUGGACGGAGAUAAUUCGACGACGAUAUCGUCGUCAACGGAGGAAGAUCGAGCCAUCCUAAGUAGGAGGCAACGAAAUAAUCGUACCAGAACUCUACGAGAUCAAUAUCCUGAGUUUCAGGACGACGAGCACUCAGACCAACAACAACAACGACAUCGUCGAUUCGUCCACGGUCUAGACUCCGAGGAGAUCUCCGAGAUAAAUUUCGCAAAGAGAAUAGGUCUGUGCUCCAGAGAAGCGCAGAUUCCGUUUGAUGCUUACAACGUAGAAAAGCGUUUUCCGAGCAUUCAGAGAAGGCAACUGCAGUAUCUUUGUGACGCAACUCUCGCUUCGUUGCUUCGCAACUACACGCUCACCGGGCAGCAGCUAAUUGACCUUGGCUAUCCCGUGGAGUACAGUUAUUUCCCUGGCUGCGCGGUGAUUAACAACCAUUAUCAGCACCCGAUGGGUCAUCCAGCUAGUGGCUAUCAUCAUUUGGACGCGAACGCGCAGGAAUUCAUACCUGGCGGCAGCAAUGUUAUGUGGUCGGCGGAGAGCGAGGGGGACAGUGGACAUUGCAGCGGAAGUUCGGUGGAGAAUUCCGAUCUGGAGCCAGAGAGUGCUUCGGAGAGUGAUAAAAAUUCAGACACCGGCGAGUCGUCACCUUCAUCAUUUCGUCCGUCCGAUUGCAGUUACCAACUCGAAAGGUACUCGAAUCGGAAUUUCUACCCACCGAUCCUGACCAUCGAUGAAAGAAAAUGUGCCAGAUGUCACAGAGCGUUCUACCAGAACCAGAGCGACGGUGAAUACCUGUACCACGAACCAUGCGUCUACCACUGGGGCAAGCUACGUAAGAGCGUCGUAGCAGGCACUCACUGUAAUAUGUGGCAGUGUUGUCGAGGACGAGAUAACGCCAGAGGCUGCACUGUAGCUCGAACGCAUGUGUGGACGGGAUUGACGCCGGGUUAUAACGGCCCAUUCGAUGGCUACGUCCGUACCAGUUUGGCGAGAACCGUGCCCAUAGAUGGCAAUUAUGGCGUUUAUGCUUUGGACUGCGAGAUGUGCUUUACGAAGCACGGUCUCGAACUAACCAAGGUCACCGUGGUCGACAUCAACGGCAAGGUCGUUUACGACGCUUUGGUGAAGCCGGACACCGAGGUGAUCGAUUACAAUACCAGAUUCAGCGGCAUCACCGCAAAAGAUCUGGCAAAUGCGACGAAAACGCUCAAGGACGUUCAGAAAGACUUGACCGGUUUCAUCCACGCGGAGACCAUACUCAUAGGUCACGGGCUAGAGAACGAUCUGCGUGCGCUCAAGUUACUCCACGCGACGGUGAUCGACACAUGCAUCGCCUAUCCGCAUUUCCUUGGUUAUCCUUUCCGUAGCAGUCUAAAGACGUUAGCGAGGACGGUGCUAUGUAAAGAAAUUCAAGUAAAGGGGCACGAUUCCGUGGAGGAUGCUAGGAUCGUGAUGGAUCUCAUGUUACGGAAGCUGCAGCACGAAAUGCCGUAUGAUCAUCAAUGACCAAGAGAAAGGGAAUUAACAUAGAAGAAGAAAAAGGAAUACAGUGAACGAUCCGCUGGACUUCUUUUCCGCGAGAUGCUCAAACGAACUGCGUGGUGAAAAUCAAAUUUAUUUUUCGUCCACGAACAAUUUAAAAUUCGGACGUUCGCUGUUAUGUAAUCUGGCCGCGUAGGAUUCCAUCGAGAAGUUACAAUGCGUAAACGUCGAUGGUUCACGAUCUUCGUCUUCUCAACUUAAUAAGUUGACUCUAUUAUAAAAACAUUAAUUGUGUCGGCCUGAGCGAGUUACUUCCGUCAGUGUUCAGUUCCAAGUAAAGUCUGUGAUAUGUAACAAAAAAAAAAAAAAAAAAAAAAAAAGAAAAAAGGAACUAUAUAUAUAAUACGGACCCCGACGCGUUUAGGCAGUGUUCAUCAUACCGGGGUCGCGUUUUUCGCUCGCACAGAUGAACAUAUACAUACACACGCAUACACAAUUCAUACAUUCAGUAUCAAAAAUAGAUUAUAGUCAACUUUUUGUACGAUGCACAUCGUUGCCGAGGAAAAAAUUUGACUCGAUUUUUUUCUUCUUUUUUAUACAUGAUGUAGAUUAAUAUAGAAUUUUCCUCUUGAAUCUCUAUUGCGGCUCCGAUGAAAGAUGUUAAUUUCUUUUAACCGAUUUCUAUUUUUCUGACAAAUUUUUGCUCUUUUUAAGAUCCAACAAAAUAGAAACACAUGGAUCGUUUAUAUCAGAAAAAUCGAUACUCGAAAAAAAAUAGUUCUGUUUUUAACACUCUUUUCUUUAAACAAUAAAAGAUGCAGAAAAUAUAACAAAAAUUGAAAAGUCGAAUCUUUUUACACUCAGAUUAGAAUAUUACGUAUUGCGACUCGACAUGCUAUGCAUCUGAAAUAUAAUAUUUUCAAGAGUAACGACAAAUCGUACGAGUUCUCGCAGCCGCAAGAAAAAUUCUUCGUCCUUUGUUGUUAAAGGUGGAUUAUGUAAAUUUUGUUAGCGAUGACAAUCGCAAUAAUAAAGAUUGUUACUCGAUGAUCCAUCUAACUCAAGUUCUUGCUGGUAGAGAGACUUUAUUAUACAACAAUAUUUCCUAUUCACGAGACAAUUUCCUCGGCAAGUGAUGUUAGUGGUGAUAUACAUUCGCACACACAUUGUUUCUCAUAUGUAGUAAUAUGUUUCGAGUUUCUCACACUUCAUGUAUCAUGUAUAAAAGUACAUCUUGCUUCUAUGUGUAUAUAUAUGUGUGUAUAUAUGUACGUUUAUGCAUAUAUGCAUAUACUAUAUAUAUGCGCGCGCGCGUGUGUGUGUCUGUAGAUAUAAGUAUAUGUAUGUAUGUAUGUAUAUAUGCUUACACAUAUGUACAUAGUAUGCAUAUACAUACACGUAUACGCGUAUACGUAUGCGUUUCUUAUACCUUGCGAUUUGCGACUUCUUCUCAUGCAUAUUUCAUCCCGCGUCAUUUUUUCGUACACGUACUUUAAGAGGAGGACACGCGGUGUCAUUGAUGCUCGUAAGUGUCUCGGGCUUCCACAAUGGCUUGCAUUUAAAUUCUCCUCGAAAACGUCUAGAAAAUGCCGCUAAACGAGGACACACAUACAAAGAUCGAGAUGUUACUUCGAAUCAACUUGAUUUUUAUUUUUUUUUACCCCCCUUUUAAUUGCUAUUCUCUUUUCCUUCUUCUUCUUUAAAUUAUAUUCUUCGGUAAUUUUUUUUUCUUUCUUCUCGAAUUGGCAAAAGAUAAGGAUUUUCUUGCGAUAAAAUGCCCGCUCUGUCCUCUUCGUGUUUCUCGGACAAAACAGAAACCAAUGUACCUUAUCGCCGCGUGCGUGCGUGCCACUCCGCUCUUUCUUCAUCCAUAAUCGGUUAUCGAAUUUCUUCCCCAAGACAAAAGUGGCGAACGUGAGCCGAAUCGAACGACAUUUUUAUAAUUGACCACAAUAAUCCAUUAUCUCGCGUUAUAUGACACAAUGUUUUCGUUUCAUACGUGUCGUCGCAUGUAAACGAUCGGCAACACUCGAUUCGAAUCGGGAUCAAAUCCCUGAGAACUAUACGUUCGAUUCGCCUCACGCUAUAUGAAUUAAGACAGUGGGUAAUGUUCCAUGAUUUUAUACUUUAUUACCGACAUUAACUGAUGCCUUGUGUGUACCCAUUUGUCUAUCAAACGUAUAGUAAAUAUAACAUACACAGCAAUAUUGUCCCAAACGCACGUGGUUAUUUGUACAAAGUAUUGCGCAAUAGAAUUUUGCAUUUUCCUCCUUCCAAGAGCCGGGAAAAUUAUACGUCUGUGUAACAGGUUUUCACGAUGAAAAGCAAUCAUUCUUGGAAACCUGUACUUUACACAGUUGAAAUUAUUUUACUUAAUUUUAACUCUGCCAUCUUAGAUUCGUUCCGACGUUUCCUUUUCUUAUUGUUGUUGUCCUUCUUUUUUUUACGAUUUAAUUUAUGUAUAUUAUAACUCGCGUCAAAAUAUCAGAAAAACGUUUUCAACCUCGCAUCGGUACAUCGAUCUCAGCUUCUUGUACAUAUAUCAUCCGACAUUCUUUCGUUGCGAUAUUUAAACAUUUGUUCAAAACAUUUUGAAGAAGAACUUUCUUAACACGUGCGAAUUCGUUAAUCGUCAUUGGAGCGCAAUAUAUUGUUAAGGAUUGUUUCAUUACGCUCAUGAUACCGUUUUCAUGGUAGAAAGUCACGUGGUACGAAAAGCAAUAUUAUUCAUCGCUUUGUAAAUAGCAUAAUAUUUAUUUAAGCGCAUCGAGAGGCAAAGUACCUGUGCAUCCUGUAUAAAGAAUGUUCCUCCGAUUUUCUCAGCCAUUACUUGUAGAAGUACAACGGGGAUCAUCACGGGGAUUCGUUCACGAUCGAUUAAUUUUGUUAUAUUUUCAUGCGUCUUUUUGUAUACCGAGAACAACUGAUUUAUUUUUCAUUUGUACUGUUUGAAUGACGUCCAAAUAUGGAAAAAUACAUUUAUUAUAUAAAACAUAA